AUGGGUAUAAAGAAAUCGAUGAACGCUGUCGUCCAGUGGUCAUUGGACGAUCCAACGUGCUGUUUGAUCAAUCCCGACCCCCCCGACAAGCACAUUACCUUUGCGACACGAUUCGACGCGACUCCUUUCUAUUUCGAGCUGUGUAUACCAUUCAAGAUAAAACGGAGCAGGGUCAAGCAUGUAAAGUCUACAAAAAACGGCGAUAACAAACCUUCGGCAUUGCUUCUACGCAUUAGUGCUUCUGCGGUCAAGACACUCACUUUCGAAUCGACCACGACAGCACAUGGCGACAUCCACAAUAAGCUGUCAUCUCGCCCAUCUCGGCUCACGCGCAUCAGGUUACAAACGGAAAGGAAAAUCGACGUACUUGUCCCUGUCAACGCCGAGGAACCUGUCAAACCAAUUCAAAGGCAAUCCAGAGACGUUCUUGGGAAAAUCGCACAAAUCUCCAAUACGACCGACUUAUACGUUUACAUUAUCGACGGUGACCUCUCGCGUGAGGCUCUGCAGUAUAUGAGCAGGACCUGCAGCCAGCGUUGUUACCAGGAGAAUGAUAGCAAGUAUGACCUCAAGAGCCUCUAUGGCGGUAGGGGUGCAAAAGUUGUUUCUAUCUUAACUCAGAUUACACAACCGCCCCCAUCGUAUGAUGAGGUCACAUCCCCGUCGACUGCUCUUGCCGUGCCCAGCACUCCGCUCAAGCGACGACGCCGAAUGUCAGACGAUGACUUGCCGGCUGAGCUUACCACCAGAGAAAGGAAAAUGUUUGAUAUGAUGGAGGACAGAAUCCGUGCAAAUAUAGAGAAGCAAGUGUCUCAUACAUUCGUGGAGCGGAUAGUGCGACUUGAAAACGAGAACAAAGAGUUGAGAGAAACCAUUGUUGAGUUGGCUGCACGUAUGGACAAUCGGGACGAUGAUAUUACUCGCAUUGAGGACCAGACUUGGGGAAACGCUGCGGGUCUGGCGAGCAACGAUGAGGACCUGACAGAUAUCCGGGAUACACUUGAUGUCUUGAAAAACAGGGCCGACUUUAUUGAGAAAGGCGACUUAACCGAGGCUGUCAAGCACGAUGUUGUUGAUCACAUCAGGAGAAGAUUAUUUGAUUAG